AUGGAGGCAGACUCAUACAGGUCAUGCUGCGGCUUCCUCUUCUUCUCAAAGGUCUUCUUGUCUCUGGCAAUGUCUUUUGGCGGGUUGGGUUUCCUAUCUUUUUCCAUCUACGAUAGACACUCGUAUAUACUGCUACAUCCUCCACCGGCCUAUGUAACUCCCUCUCCAACGCCCGUAAUCGUCCUGAAUUCAAGCAAUACAUACUGCUGGGCAGGAAAUGUAAAUCAUCUCCAGGGUGUCGCUUCUGGAACCGUAGAACCACCAGAUUAUACUACCUUCUUUGGCGUAUCGCCAGAUUGGGGUACUCUACCUGUCGUAAACUCAUUAGGCGCUCUGGUAUCGUCCUUGAAGGGACAGAACCCAGCAGUCAUCAACUCCUUCAUCCAAGUCAACUCCACUUGGGACUUCCAACCUAAUAUGAUGAAUUGGCAAGCCCAACAAGUGGGCGCUCUCGGUGCCAUAUUCGAAAUAACCCUGCAACCUGACAACACAUUAGAAGUGGUCCCGGAUAGUUUCUUUACUGCUGUCGCUGCACAAAUGGCGCAUUUGAAUUCUUAUUACAACGUCCCAGUUAUACUAAGAUGGGGCCAUGAAAUGAACGGAGGCUGGAUGACAUACGGACUACACCCAAAUGCAUAUGUGUUGUCCUUCCGUAAACUGUCUACUGCUAUCAGGCAGGUCACCAACAUGACUGCUAUGAUGUGGGCACCAAAUCCAGGUCUCAAUUAUCCAUUCGGCUAUACCGUCGCAGCUACUUCCCCAGAAUUCAAGUAUCUGGAUUCAAAUGGUGAUGGUGUCUUUAAUGCACUAGAUGAUGCUUAUGGACCAUAUUAUCCCGGCGAUGCCUAUGUUGACUGGGUUGGAUUGUCCAUGUAUAUGUACAGAACAGACUCGGCAGGCACUACAAGGAACGGUAACUUUGCCGUAGGACCAUGCUUUGUCAGAGACUAUGUCACUGGAUCAGUCAACUGCCAGUCUGUUGGUCGUCCAGAUCACGACUUUUAUACACGCUUCUCAUCGUCAAAGAACAAACCAUUUGCUCUACCGGAAUCUGGAGCUGCAUAUGCUCUAAAUGGAACAGAUACGACUCUCGCUGGACAAGUGGAUGAAUUGGGCAUGAAGGCUGCAUGGUGGAGGUCUCUUUGGGCACAAUCGCCGGCCGGCAACCAAGUGCCAACCUUCCCUCUGCUCAAACUGAUCACGCAGUUUGAGGAGCGGAAGGUCGAGCCAAUAGCGCUAGGAGCACUAGGAACCAUACGGCAGGAUAAUGACUAUCGCAUUGCGGCUAAUAGCACAAUUGCUGCUGCGUUUGUGUCACAAUCUGCAACAUAUGCUGCUCGCUUAUUAUGGGCCAGUCAGCUCAAGUAUACAUGUGGAGGCUCAGAUCUUCAGAAGCUGUUAAAUCCUUUGAGAAACACCAUCUUUGGGGAAAAGCAGCUUGAAGUGGAAUAUAUGGAGCUUCCAACACAAACCUCUCCCGUAUUGCCAAAUGUGCCUCAUCCAAUUUAUGGGAACUUACACUUAAAUGGAGGUGGCUAUUCGAUUUCCGGAUCGCCUGCCUUGACCGUUCUGCAGUCAUCAACAUUAAAAGAAGCAUCACCUCCUCCUGUCGAUAGUUUGACAAGUGCUUGCCUGUCUGGAGAUGUGGAUUCCGUACUAGGUCUAAUUACAACAGAAAAUCAUUCUGUGAAUGUUGCAAAUACGCCAUCUGGACUGCUCCCAAUACACAUCGCAGCAACAAAAGGACACACACAUCUCGUACAAGCACUGGUUGAGCAGGCUGGAGCAAUAAUAGAUCUAGGAGAUAAAGAAGAUGAAACUGCUUUAGGCAAGGCUGCUUAUCACAACCACGUUGAAGUCACGAGAUACUUGUUAAAGCAGCACGCCAACGUUAAUCAUCACGACAAAGAUCGUUGGACGGCCCUACAUAAUUGUGCCUCUCGUGGUCAUAUUGAGAUCGCCAAAUUAUUACUUGACGCUGGUGCUAACGUGUCGGCUCAAUCCAAGACUGGUCAAACGGCUCUCAUGAAUGCAGCUGCAAAAGGAUACUUAGAUAUUGUGCAGCUGUUGCUGGAAAAUGGAGCAAACCCCACGAUUCAGAAUAAUUUUGGUGAAACCGCGUAUGAUCUAGCUGCUCAAAGUGAGGAAGCAUACAUUUGUGAAGUUUUAGAAGCUGCUGAGUCUGAAUGGCAUGAUCAGCACGGAACCACUCCAUCGUCAUCACAUUCUGCUGUCAUUGAAAUACUCCAUGAAAACCAACGAUCGACAUUCUUGUCAUCAAAGUUUUCUCCGCAAAACCUCACAAAAGCUGAUUAUCGUGGUCCUUGGUCCACUGCAAGUGGACGGCCUGCAUCAUUUGACACGGUCCACCUUCCAUUCAAGAAGGAUCCAGUGUCUGGAGAAAUAAUUAGGUCUUGGUUUUGGCUAAGUGACUGGAAGGUCGAUCUCAAACACCCCAUUCAAGACUCUGAAGGUUGGCAAUAUGCAAAAUCACUUGAAGAUCCCGAUGAGUUGUGGUUGUCGGAGCUACCAUCUGGGCUAUUGUCUGUGUCUGGAUUAUCUGGCUUUGUUAGACGAAGGAGAUAUAUUCGGGUUAGAAAGCGCCGUGUAAAUGUGAAUUCAUUAUCGGAUGACAGUAGUCAAGCAGAUCACCCUUCUCCUCCAGAGAGUAAUGAUUAUAUGGCUCGAGCUAAUGCCGUCCUAUAUACUUCCGAAGAUGAAUUGGAUUUAUCUCGUCGUGAUAUCGUGUCGUUGACCAACGAAUCUAGUAGCUAUGAGCAAGCUAUUCAAAUCCUGUUAUCUGGCCUGAAGACUGAUACGAAUCCUGAACGCAAGCGUGUAGCGUCGAAUCUCGUGUCCAAUCACUUGGCACGUGCAGAAUUAUUGCAGGAGGCAAUAAGUCACUAUGAAGAUCAGGAACCUGACGAGAGUGACGAAGAGCAGUUGACUCCUCAAGCUUUAGCUGCUAGGAGAAAGGCGAAAGGAAAGGAUAAGGCUGGCACAAUACUUUCACCAACUUCUGACGUACAUGGCAAACCAGAUCUUCAGCAAGUGACCAUAGCAUCAGGUUUAUCGGAAGCUCUCGCUGCAGCCAGUAGACAACCCUCUCAAUUAUCCAUUUCAACCAAACCUGAAUCAGAAACUAGCGACGGGUCUCAAAGUAUAUCGCUGACUGUUGAUACUGCACCACAACCAGCUAGUUUUGCAACAGACAUUCGCCCAGAGCGAUGGAUUGCCGAUGAUGAAGUCAUGGCAUGCCAAAAGUGCUCUAGGCAAUUCACGAUAUUCUUCCGCAAACAUCAUUGUCGAUGGUGCGGCAAGAUCUAUUGCUCGAAUUGUACGAAUGGAAGGAUCGCCUUGACUCCUAAUCUUCAACCACAUCGGGUGUGUGAUUCGUGCAUAGAUGUAUUGACUUCAGCAGCAUCGCCACUACCAGCUGCACUUCGCAAAACUGCUACCUUGCCGAAUAGUAACCGUAAUUUGUUGGCUAUACCUCGACAUAUCGAUCCAGUGUCGCCACGUCCAGGAUCGAUCGCAUCUGAAGCUGAAUCUAUAUUGAACGAGUGUCCUGUUUGUCAAACGAGGUUUGAUGGCACUCUCGAUGAAGCGGAGGUGGAAGCUCAUGUUGGAGAUUGUCUACGUAAAAUCUCGACUGGGGGUAAAGGGUUGAUUGUGAAUGGAAACAGAUACACUGUACAAGUCCUCACACAAGACAUGCCGGGUCGAGAAUGUGCCAUAUGCUUUGAGGAAUUCGUCAAAUCACAACGAAUCGCUAGGCUUAACUGCUUGUGUGUCUUUCAUCAAGACUGUAUACAAUCGUGGUUUUCAAAGACCACACAUGGCUCUUGCCCAGUACAUCACCCAUGA